UAGAGGAUGGUUAAUUUGGAUGUUUAUAUUUCAAACCGGGGCGUGGCUCCAAUUCGUUCAAGUCCUAUUCUCAUUUUUAACCUGAAUUAGACCUUACACAAAACACAAAACAUCCCUCCCUCCACCACAACAAACAAACAGGACAGGUCAUCACUCAGCAUUAACUCUCCGCACAGCCGAUCAAGCCGCCGAAUCCCAAUGACGUCAUGGGUUCAGUCAGCACCGAGAAAAGUUCAAUGUAAAUCGCCAGCCAGGCCACUCGAAACUCGCAGCUAGUGGUCACUUGUACACGUGCAAGCCAAAUCUCUAUCAAUGGAAUCCUUUCGCCUUGUGUCUCAAACUCAUUCCCACACGUGUGAGCCCAGGUCAGAGAACCCAAGACCCGUGUCAGGCCCUUCUCUUCCCAGCCUAAUUAGUACAUAACCACUUGAGCACCAAACCCAUAGGUAGGCUUGAUAUACCAAUCCCCAAACCCAGUCCUUUUUCCCAUUCCACCCCUAUCAAAUCAAAUGGGACCUGAAAACAAGCCAAAGAAAUGCUUCCCUUUAAGGAGAUCCAGAAAGGGUUGCAUGAGAGGAAAAGGAGGACCUGAGAAUCCAUACUGCACCUACAGAGGUGUGAGACAAAGGACAUGGGGCAAAUGGGUGGCCGAGAUCCGUGAGCCUAACCGCGGCGCACGGCUUUGGCUCGGCACCUUCAACUCGUCCUUAGAGGCCGCCAUGGCUUACGACGCGGCGGCUCGCACGUUAUACGGCGAGUCCGCCCGGCUCAACUUGCCCAACUCGGUUGGAGAAACACCGAGUCCGAAGAAGCCGAGUGAGUCCAUUGUUGCUGAGUCACCGGUUUGUUAUAGUGAUGGAGUUGGGUGUAUUGAAGGAGAUUGGGCUGACUUGUUUGUGAAACUCCCCAAGGCUGAGGAUUUGGCCCUUCAGGCCUUUGAUACUUUUCCGCCGUUGCUCGAAGGUGCCGGAUUUUUAGGUGGUGACCUCGAUGGGGAGUUGACGAACUUUGAGGCCUGGUGCUCUUAAAUCUUAUGUAAAUAUACUUGUAUAAAUAAGUUGGUUAGAUUGUGUUGUGUGCGUAUGUGUGUGUGUGCGCGUUCUCUUUCUUUUGUAUAUUUUUUGGUGUGACAUUUGGUCCAUGGAAGUGGGUUUUUGAUUUUCAUGGAAUGGUUAGUGAGAAUGUGUUAUAUUUUUCUUUUGUUUA